UACUCACUUCUCAUCAACUAAAAAACUCUUCAAUUUCAGUCAAGCCUUCUCCUCCUCCUUUUCAAUCUUUCAUUUCAUAACUUUCAAAUUCUUAGGUCAUCAUGGGUGAUUUCACUUAUGAGAAUAACCUCGUCCCAAAGUCUCCACCUCAGGUCAUUAGGAAUGCUGAAAUCAUUGAAGGAAAUGGAGGCCCUAGAACCAUCAAGGAGACCAUCAUUGUCGAAGGCAUCGGCCCAAUGAACCAUACAAGGCAGAUUUCUGAUGAUGGGGUUGAACAGGAAAGCUUAUCAUACCACAUCAUUGGAGGUGAUCGUAACAACGGCACAUUUAGUAAUAUCUCAUGUGAGACCAAAACAACGACAACCCCUGAUGGUGGUUAUAGCUAUCACAGCAGCCGCUCCAGCGAAAGUUACUACUCAAGCUCGACGGUGACAACGGGCAAUGCCACAGGCACAGAAGGCUUCAAGACUAUUGAGAACCACCCUCAUCCUCAUGCCUACAACUAAUCCCUUAUAUGCGUGUGUGUGGAUUUAUGUUUUUCCCUACAAUAAGGACUGAAAACGUUGUGUGUUUCAUUCUGUUUUAUGUAUUCCCCUACUGCCUUGGGUUUGCUAAUAAAUGAGCUAGCGGUUGUGAUCCUCCGCUUUCUCAGUUUGUUGUGAAUAACCGAUGUUCUGCGCAAUACGUGGUGCAUUUUGGAAUAUUUUAUAAGAAAUUAUCUUAUAGACGUUUUAUAAUA